AUGAGUUUAGAUUACAAAACCAAAGAGGGUCAGACGUACGCAAAAAUGACAGCGAAAGCAAGACAACGUUGUGCCCGCCGAUUUGCCCAACCUUUAGCUGGUAAUUCCUGGAAUAGCAUGUUGGAGAAGAUUCAAAGUAUCGGUGAGCUGACUGAUAAAGAAAUAAAACAAAUGUGCAUGAAACCGCAAAUCCGCCCAGACCCAACAGUGAAAGUUUCGAUCCUCCAUGACUUCAGCGCAAAGGGCAGAAUUGGAAACACUGAAACUUUUCAACGUUUCUUGCGAUAUUCGGAAACCGGAUGGAAAUCUUUCAUGCUUUCGCUGUUUCGUGGUUUGAUGCGCAGAUUGCUGCCAGGGAGGCUUCGCGAAGCAAGCAAAAGCAUGUUGGUGUUUGGCAAGAACGUGUCUUCUGCCAUGAGUGACAACGACGAUUCCUUAAAUGAUUGCAACUACUUGAUUGGUAUACACUGCAACGGACAAGCACAAUGGCAAGAGCAAGACGUUCUCGAAGGGAUGUAG